AUGUUCUUUUUUGGGAUUUUAGUUGGAGUUUUGAUCACGUCCCUCACAGAAUCCUUUUGGAGACGGUGUCCAGCUUUGAGAUGAGCAGGACUGACAUCACUACACAAAGAAGUGCCACCACCCUCCGGCUCCCAGUGUGGUCACGAUGGGCCGUGUUGGAGCCAUGAGCGAUGGCAGCAUCCUCCUCUCCUUGUUUGUCCUGCUGCUGGCCACUGCAGCUGUCUGGCUGGCCAUCGGCCACUGGCAACAGCGGGUGCUGGGGACACCGAAGAACCCAGGGAGCCAGGCCAGGGGCUCUCCGAGCAGCCAAGUAGCUCCAGUGGAGGCUCCCAGUUCCUCCACAGCUCAGGCAACCGCUCCCCAGCAUCCAGAUGCUCCUGUGAGCCCCGAGUACAUCCCCUGUGGCUGUGGCCCCAGCUGCACCCCCUGCAUGGCAGUGGCCCAGGAGCUGCAGGAUUUGGUCAUGUUGGUGUGGGUUGGGAAUGGGAUGUCUUUCCCACUGGAUUCUGAGAUGUGGCAGGUGUUGUGGGAGAACCUGGAGGAGUUGGUGGAGCGAGGCCACCUGCCCUGCUGCAGCUCGUCCAGCUCCACCAAGAGCCCCCAUUCCUCCAAGAGCCAGCUCCCAUGGAGAACCUCUGUCCUUCCAAGAGCCCUCAUCCGUCGGCAAGCCUCCGUCUUUUCAAUAUCCUCAUUCCUGCCAAGAACUCGAUUCUGUAAGAGAUACUCCAUCCUUACAAGAGCCUCCAUUCCUUCCAAGAGCCUCCAUUCCUCUGAGAGCUUCCACCUUCCAAGAGCCUGCAUUCCUUCCACAG